UUCGCUUACACCAAAAGUCUACUAUUUAGAACGCAAGUAGCCUACGGCAGUCGGACACCGUCAGUGUCGAGCAGAAGCAUAGUGGUGCGCCGUAUCUAGAUAGCUGUUUCUUUGGGAUUGUUUGUCUCUGGGUGACAGAGUAUGAUUCCGCUAUUCCUCUCCCUGCUCCUGGCUUGGACUCCAGGGACCGGGGCACAGCAGGACACCCUUAUGCCCUUCAUGGCGCACCUUGACUCGGACAACAACGUCAACCUGAAGUGGGGGUUCAGUGAAGUCCAGGGCACCAUCACGUUCCAGCUGACCGUGAAGACCACUGGCUGGGUGGGAUUCGGGUUGAGCCCAAAUGGAGGCAUGGCUGGAGCAGAUAUCGUUAUUGGCGGUGUCGGACGAAAUGGCAAUUACUUCAGGGACUAUCAUGCCACAGGGAAUGGGUUUCCCCUGGUGGAUGAGAAACAGAGCUACACCCUCCUGUCCCUGAUUGAGGCAGAUGGUCUAACCACCAUGACCUUCUGGAGGUCCAUCCAGUCAUGUGAUGAGGAAGACGUUCACAUCACCGACAGUCCAGUGAAGCUAAUCUAUGCCUAUGGGAAAACUGAUGACAUCGGGUACCAUUCCAAAACAAGGGGGACCAAGGAGGUGAACCUGCUCAAGUUCAUGGCCAGAUCCAGCCCCCAGGACGGCAACUAUCUGGACUUCGUUAUGGAGAAUUUUAUUGUCCCGGCUGAACAUACAUACUACAACUGCAAGGUCAUGAAGAUGCCGAAGCUCAAUGGGAAACAUCAUAUGUAUCGGGUGGAGCCGGUGAUCAAGAACCUGGACCUGGUCCACCACAUGCUUCUCUACAGCUGCCCCUCAUCUGUGAACCAGAUCAACGAGCAGCAAUGCUACACGGGAGGACCAGGGGCAGACUGCUUCAAAUUGGUGGCUGCCUGGGGUGUGGGAGGACUGGCUUUCGAGCUUCCAGGAAACGCUGGCAUUCCUAUUGGAGGACAGGAUUAUGAGGAGUUCUACAGGCUGGAAAUUCAUUACAACAACCCAGCACAGGAAGCGGGCCGGAGGGAUAGCUCUGGCAUGAGGCUGUACUACACAGAUCGGCUCCGGCAGCAUGAUGUGGGCAUUCUAGACGCAGGCCUAAUGGUGCCCAGCUGGGGCUACGUCAUCCCUCCCACCGCCUCCGCCUUCAGAAGCUACGCCGUCUGCAACACAGCCCACUUCUCAGAUAUCCUGCCUGACCCUGUCCCUGACCUCUCUGUAAUCUCAAUGACGCUGCACACUCACCUGGCUGGGAGGAAGGUGCGAGUUGGACUCUUCAGGAAUGGAACGCAGAUUGACUUCCUAGCCGUGGAUGAUAACUAUAACUUUGAGAUGCAGAGGGUCCUCAACCUGGGGACCAUUAAGACCAUCAAACCGGGUGACGAGAUUGUGGUGGAGUGCACCUAUUACACAGCCAAUCGCAAAGGAGUCACACAGUUGGGUCUGGCCACCACUGAUGAGAUGUGUCUAGCCUUUAUUGUCUACUACCCAGCCAUCAGUGUCGACAAAUGCUGGAGCGAGCCAAACAUGCAUGCAUACAUGGCCAUGAUGGGGGAGACAGACUACCAAGGUAUUGUGGAGAUGCUGAAGACUAAAGCUUGGGACCAGGCAUCCAUUGCUGUGCAUGAGGCCACAAUGAAGAAGGUCCCUCAGAUUGGGUUCAUCAGCAACGACCAUAGUAACUACACCAUAUAUGAGGGCAACAUCCCCAACAUGAUGGCUACCCCUUCAGUGAGUUGCAGCAGUGAUCCAACUUUAAAGGGCCUCAAAACCAACUGGCCUGGGUCUGUGAAGAGUUGACUGGCAACAAUAGCUUCUGGCUCAGAAGGUUGAACAUUUUCAAAAUAACUCCCAUGCAAUAGUAGAAAUGUUUAAUACGCAUGAAUAAACAUAAGAAGUAAUCCA